UUGCAGACGCUGGACCCCAUCGCGACGGAAUACAGCGAGAUCGAUUUCUACGUGGUGGCGUUCAACGAGCCCGCCGGAACGAUUGAACAAUACAUCGAGGAGCAAGGUUAUACGGACCUGAUCGCGGCUCAGCCAGAAGGCACGAUGCUGGAGGAUCUGGAGAUCACCCGGCAGAUGGCCAUGGUGGCCCUGAACUCGGAGGGAGUGAUCUACCACCGUCAGCUGAUGGGUUCCGCGGACCAGUGGGCGCCGCAUUUUGCGCAAUUGACCGAGGACCCGGACGCGGUACCUUCCAAAGAGCAAACCGAACAGCAAAAGGGACGGCGGUUGAUGGACAUGCAACUGCCGGCUUGA